UUCAUAGUUAGUGCUAUAAUUAAUAUUAAGAAUUGUUAAGUAAAAACAUAUAAUGGAUUUUAUGUUAUUGAUAUUAACAAGUAUAAGCGUUCUUAUUCUGAUAAGAAUAUUUUUCUCGUUAUACAAUGCGUAUGUUUUUCGUAAAAGAAUCAACAAACUUCCAGGGCUGCAAAGAAAUGUUUUAUUUGAUACCUCGGUGUCCCCAAGAAAAUUAAAAAAAGAAGAUCAAUUCUUGAAAUUAUUAAAUUGUUCGAUUAAAUUCAAGAACGGAUUGUUUAGAACCUGGUUCGGAACCGAGGCUGUCGUUCACAUAUAUAAACCCGAAUACAUUGAGAUAAUACUACGAAGUAUGAAGAAUAUUGAAAAGGCAUCCUUAUACAAAUACUUGGAACCUUGGUUGGGACAGGCAUUGUUAACGUCAACAGGAAAAAAAUGGAUGCGCGAUAGGAAGUUGAUCACCCCUGCUUUUCAUUUUAAUGUAUUGGAACAAUAUGCUAUUGUGAUGUCAGAGAAGGCAGAUAUUUUUGUGAAAUGUCUGGAAGAACAGAUAAAGAAAAAUUCACAGGAAGCGAUCGACAUAUUUCCAUACGCCAAUCGAUGCACAUUGGACGUGAUAUGCGAGACUGCAAUGGGAGUGAAUAUAAAUAUGCAAAAAAAUAUGGAGAAUGAAUACGGCAAGGCCGUUCAUAGAUUCACGGAAUUAUUUAUGUAUCGUUUAUAUCGUCCAUGGUUAGCCUGGGAUUGGUUAUUUGCAUUGACGCAAAUAGGAAAGGAAUAUUAUUCUUCCAUAAAUAUUAUGCAUACGUUUACAAGAGAGGUGAUUAAAAAAAAGAAAAUGGCGAGAGAAUUAAAAUGCGAUAUCGACGAUAAAACGUCAUUAGCACUUGAUGAAAUUGGUAAACCAACAAGAAAAGCUUUUUUAGAUCUUUUAUUAGAUGCUAGAGAAAGUAAUGAAAAUCAUAUGACUGAUGAGGAAUUAAGGGAACAAGUCGAUACGUUUAUGUUUGCUGGACACGAUACGACUGCAGCGGCCAUAAGUUGGGCGCUUUUCUGUUUGGGUAAUAAUGAAAACAUACAAGAUAAGGUACACGAGGAGCUCGAUUAUAUUUUUGGUGAUUCAAAUGAAUCGGCCACGACGAAAGAAAUAUCUCAGUUGAAAUAUCUCGACAGGGUGAUAAAGGAGGUACUUAGAUUGUAUCCCAGUGCACCUGCAUUUUUGCGAAAACUUUCGGAGGACGUUAAGAUAGACGAUUACAUCAUUCCAAAAGGUUGCAUUGUGUCCAUGAGCUCGUUUUGUAUGCAUCGACAUCCAAAUAUAUGGCCGGAUCCGAAAAAAUUUAAUCCCGAUAGAUUUCUAUCGGAAAAUUCGAAGAACAGGCAUCCAUACUCUUACAUACCGUUCAGCGCAGGACCGAGAAAUUGUCUUGGACAAAAAUAUGCUCAAUUGGAACAGAAAUUCGUACUUGUUGCGAUUUUACGUAAAUGGAAAGUGAAAAGCUUUCAAACGGAGGAGAACAUUAAGUUUUACGGUGCUCUCAUUUUGAGACCUUCCGAAGGGAUAUAUCUUCACUUUAUACCAAGGAAAUAAAUACAUCGAAUGUUUCACGUUAA